AUGAACCAGUUAAUGGAGCGGGUGAAUAGACUGGAGGAGAGGAUGAAUGGACUAGAGGAGAUGGUAACAGCCAGAUUCGAAAGACUAAGUCUGGCAAUAGCGGAUCUGCAAGUGGCACCAAAGAAUCAGGGAAGAGAGCCUGCAGAUCAAGAAGAAAACGCUGCAAACCAAGAACAGGAUGAUUUUGUUUAUGAGUACCUCAGCAGAGAGAAAGUGAAUGCGGUGUUUACUCUCUGCGAGAAUGAUUUGGAAGAGUUUGUACUUGAUCUAGG